CCCGGGCUGUGUUAACAGUGAAAGAACCGACACUACCAGAAAUUACCACGUGGUUCUCGUCAUCACAGACCAUUCACCCGCGUUCAAAGCCGUGGUGGUAGGUGAAUGUCACCAAGUCACCAAGUAGCUGCGCUAUAAAACCACCACCAGUCCCUACUGGAAACCUCACUGUCUACCUGUGGCACCCCAACUGCCAAAAUGGCCUCAAUGGCACCGACCAACGGCGAUAGCGAAGAUCCUACCAAGAGCAAGGGCAAGAAAGAAGACGUCAGCAGUGCGAACGCUGUCACCGCCGACCCCGGACUGAAGCCCACACCCGCCUUUGGAAGACACCUUCAGAAAAGCCCUUCCUUCCAUGAUGGUACAUUGAGGGACAUCAUGGUGACUGUCGAAGUCGGCAAUGACCCUAAAGUUGAGGCGUUUACCAUCCACAAAGACCUGCUGUGUCACUUCUCACCCAACUCCCGCGCUGCGCUUGAUGGAAAUUUUCGUGAGACACUCGAAGGAAAGCUCACAUUCAGCGAUGUUACUCCGAAGUCUUUUAGACUGUUCCUCGACUGGCUCUACAGCGGUGCCUUGCCCAGCUGGCCUUCUCAUGACAUUCGUGGCUCUCAUCUACCAGUUGAACCUAUUCAUGUAGAUGAGGGUGAGACCCUCAAGGCUGAUGAGAUUGAACACUACUAUCAAGAACAACCCGAAUCAGAGGCACUGGAGCUUCUGAUAUUCGCAGACCAAUACGACCUUCGGCUACUUAGAAAUGAUUGCAUCGACGCGAUCAUCUCCAUGAACCCAUCUCAUCAAGGAUGAUGUCUACUGCUACCAUCAUGUUCUCUUGUGCUGAAAGCUUACGACCGACUUCCGGCAUCAUCACGUUUUCACAAGUAUCUUGUCGACAUACACAGCCGUUACUUCAACAGUUCUGUGGAUAACA